CUUGCGUAGAUCGCACUACUUGCCUAUUUCCUCCACUCUCCAACCACCACACUUUACAUCUACAUAUUUCUCUUCUAAAACCUAACCCUCCUAUUCAUUCACAAUGGUUCAAGCCGCUACCCUCGUCCUCGCCGCCUUCGCCGUUGCCCCCGUCUUGUCUGCCCCACUUUCUCAACCCACCGCUGAAGAAGAAUCAUUCACCCGCUCAACCGACAUCGAUUCCGACGCUCUCGAGCUCCGAGAUCCCAAGUUCAAUUUCGGCAACUUUAUCAAGAAGGCCGUAGGUGUCGCCAAAACGGUGGGCAAGGUUGCCAUCCCUGCCGCUCGCCUCUUCCUGCGAGACACCGACGGCAACCUCUACGAAAUUCGCGCCUUGGACGACGUGACUCUCGACCCUGACCUCCCCGCCCGCGACAUCCUCGAGUCAGACGACGCGUUGCUCGAACGCGAGUUUGCCGACCUCGACACCCGCGAUCCCAGGUUCAACCUGGGCCGCUUCCUCAAGAAAGCCAAGGGUGUCGUCGGGAAGGUCGGAGGUGUUGCAGGAAAGGUCGCGGGUGUUGCUGCGUCCCUGGCUCUGAGGGACGAGCUGGACGGCCUCGACCUCGAUGCUCGCGCGUACCAGGAGCUUGAAGAGUUGCUGGAGCGCGAAUUUGCUGAUAUUGAUGAGCUCGAGGUUCGGGACCCCAGGCUCAGGCUUGGAAAGCUCGUCAAAAAGGUCGGAAGAGUUGCUGGCAAGGUCGGAGGUGUUGCCGGUAGGGUUGCUGGUAUUGCAGGAGGUUUGGGCCUUAGGGAUUUGGAGGGCAUGGAGACUGAGAUCCGCGAAGUGUCUCUUAAUGACCUCGACUAGUGGAUUACAUUGUUUCGUUUAUAGGGUUGC